CCGCGGCGAGGGGGGCGGGCGCGGGCGCGCCGCGGACCGCGCCGUGGUGAUGCACGGCAUCCCCGCGCGCUGCACCGCGCAGGCGCUGCGGGAGGAGAUCGCCCACACGGGUUUGUCUACAGGCGCGACAUCCGCGUCCUCCAUCUGCUGUGUGACGCCACGGGCGCUAGCCUGGGCCGGUGCUUCCUCGUCUUCGACACGGUCUCCACCAGGAACCAGUUCGUUGCUGCGUGGCACGGCCAGAGGAUGCGGCUCGCUGGGGCGUGGGAGCCUGUCAGCUUCGCGACGGCCACCCCGAGGGACGUCCUGAGCUCGCUGGCUGCGGGCAACGAGGUGGUGCCGGAGGACGAUCCGACCCUUUGGAGCAGAUCCGCCGACCAAAACGAGGGGGGCCCGGCGCUGCCGAUCGUUUCUGGGCCGAAGUUGGCAAACUUCUGCACAGCGUGCGGCGGGCGCGUGAACAUCUGGAGGAGGGACUGCUUCUGCGAGGCGUGCGGAGCUCCCGUGAGGGGGCAGUGA